AUGCUUGCGAUUCAGUGGUACACGGUUGUGCUCAUCCUCAAAGAUGCGUAUGAACUGCUUCAGCUGUGGCAGGCCAAUCCGCAAACGGUAGCGCAGGGCACCUGGUGGUUCGACAGAGGGGCUAACGCGCCGCUUGCGGGGACACUGUACGCUGCCCUGCUCGUUUUCUUGAUGCUUCCACGCAUAUUUGUGUUGCUAGAGCCACUAAACCGGUGGCUACUGAUGCUUAACACAAUCCACGAGGGCAUCCGUCUGGUGGUCUACUCGCUUCUCUUCACUCAGCACAGUGGUGCGACGCAGCUUAACACGAUCCUUCUGACAUUUAUGCUGGGGAAUACGCUGCUGUACGGGCGGCAGUACUACACCACGAUGUGCAUGUUGCGGGAGUACAGCAAGUGA